UGAAAGAGAGAGAGAGAGAGGGGGGGAGCACCGUGCACAGUCGCUGCAGGAAUAUGAAGUGAACUCGACACUGAGCGGAGUUUUGCUGGAUGCUCUCUGGACUUGACAACUUCGGGCCUGUGAGUGGAUGACUAUGCCACAGAUACAUGUCAGGACAGAUCACACAGGCUCACAUGUGGCCCUGCAUCGUAAGCUGUGGCUGUGACCGUGCUAUCAAGGAAAUUCCUCUGUCCUCCAGGGUCACCUCCGUGGGUUUUCUAUCUGGCGGUUUGUCCAGCUGCACAAGCUUCUGUUUCCACCACACGGACACACAAAGCACACUCUGUAUGGACGUGUUGUCUUAGUAACUCAAGAGGUCACCGUUGUGUAGCAUGACUCAAAGUGGAUCCACCUGACCAUCGCACUAUAGAAAAAACAAGGGACGAAACAAAACAAGGGAGAAUCCAGAGACACGAUGGCCACUGAAGAAAAUCCGACACAGGUGGGAGCUGUCGUGCUGACCCCUCCAUCCACUGGGAGUAGAACCAGCAGAGACGCCAGACACUCCAAUGACAGCCAGGAAGUAUGGCACUACUGUGACCAAAUGCUGCAGUCAAAACAGAGGAGCAGCCCUACCCUCCCCUUAUACGGGAAGCUGUCAUGUGACAGUGGGAAAGGGACGAUUUUGGACGAGGAGUGCACGUGUUUGGAUUACAACUCAAAAGUCUUGAGGGCCGAAGACAAACUUUAUCCAGAGCUGACUGCUGGCAAUAGAAUUAAAGGAAUAACUAACACAGCUACUCUGAUUCCUGGGAAAAGUUUGGAGGGGUCUCCGUGUCAGCUGGACGCCCCCGGAGAAGGUGUGGAUGCAGGUGGAAACAGAACUGGCAGCACUCGCUGUUCCUGUACUGUGUCGAACCUUCACGCCAGCGCAAACUCCUCCUGUUGCCACAGCCACAGAUCCACUCCGAGCCCCAAAUCCAGCCCAGCUCACAGUCCUCAUCUCAGCUCCAGGCCCUCGAGGCCCAACCAGAGACACGUCCGCCGCAGCAGCCUGCCUGUGUCUAUGCUGGCUUUAUCCAAGAUGUCACCUUGCCUCUCAUCACAGGGCAGCCCCUCCAGUGAACCAGCCUCGUUGGCGUCAUCCCCCUGCAGCUCCCCGCUUUCCCACCACAACCAGCAGCAUCGGCAGAACGGACACAUCCGCCGGCACCAUCUCAAAGAUGGCUACUCAAGUUUGGAGAGGCUCAACAGGGUCGACAAAUCCUCCCUGGAAAAGCUGUUCCUGCGACGGGCAUCUCUGGAAACCAUGACGUCCACGUUGGGGCGCGUGGAGAGGUCGCCCACAGGAGGGGCCAGGCACUGCAGCGGGGGCAGCAGCAACGAGGAGGAGGAGGAUGGAGAAGCUUCUUUAGAUAACACGGACUUUGUGAGGAACCGUAAAGAGCGUUCCACCGUCCUGGUGAGGCGAUUCUUCAAGAAUAACCAGAAGGUGACCAAGUCAGUGUGCACUGGAACCAGAGCGAUUGUCCGGACGCUGCCGUCAGGACGCAUCUCAGAGGAGGUGUGGGAGGUGGUGGUUCACCACAGGAUUUGGCAGCCCAGCAAGAAGGAGAUGUGGCCAAUCUUAACGCGUGGCGUGGGAGAAGAACCCAGAGUCUGCAGGGAGAUGCUGCGCUUUGUUGGGAUCAAACGACAGCAGGUUACCAGCUGUGUGCAGGACCGAGAGGAGCUCAACCUGAUUCAUCCCGCCAAAAAGCUCCUGCUGUCUCUCCCUGGACGUGUGUGUCUCGGGGUGUCUCGUUGGCCGCCACACACCGUCGGCGCCAUCCCAGCCAGACCUGAUCUGAACUCCUGUUUUAAUCCCUGGUGUUGUCAUCCUUCUCAGCCACCUCGGUUUUAUCGCUCUUGUGGCCAGAGGACAUCCGUGUGUUCCCUGCUGACCGGGGCCCUUCUGGAGGCCACAGCCGCCCUCGGGGCCCGCUCUGCCCUGCCCUUCCCUUUGCCCCAAGGUCCGACCAGCCACGGCGUGCUGAAAGAGCGUCAGCUGGCCAGCAGCAUGACCAGCAGCAGCUCUCUUCCUCCCAGUGUCAGCGGGAUCAGUAAGGAGCUGGCGGAGCUGCGGCACCUCGUGCAGUUCCCUGAGGAGAUCGCCUGUAUCCUCACUGAGCAAGAGCAGCAGCUCUACCAACGGGUCUUUCCCCUGGACUACCUCUGCUUCCUCACUCGAGACGUGGGCAGUCCUGAGUGUCAAACGAAACGCCACCCGAGCCUCAAGCCGUCGCUGUCGGCGCCCGCCAUGCCUACCCAGAGUGCUCAGCGAAGCAACGCUGUGGAGGACCUGGUGACACGAUUCAACGAGGUGAGUUCCUGGGUGACGUGGCUGGUCCUGACUGCAGGAUCCAUGGAGGAAAAGAGGGAGGUCUUCUCCUACCUGGUCCACGUCGCUAAGUGCUGCUGGAACAUGGGAAACUACAACGGCGUCAUGGAGUUCCUGGCAGGACUCAGGUCUCGCAAGGUGCUGAAGAUGUGGCAGUUCAUGGACCAGUCAGACAUCGACACCAUGAGGAGCUUGAAGGACGCCAUGGCUCAGCACGAGUCCUCAUCUGAGUACAAGAAGGUGGUGACCAGAGCUCUGAAUAUCCCAGGAUGCAAGGUUGUCCCAUUCUGUGGCGUUUUCCUGAAGGAGCUGAGUGACGCAUUAGACGGGACAGCAAGCAUCAUCAGCCUUAAACCACCUCCAGACAACACAGAGGGCGCUAUAGAGUUUGUGUCCGACUACAGCGGCCAGCACAACUUCAUGUCACGGUCCGGUCCCAACGGUCUGCACGUCCCAGAGAAGGAAGCUACUGUUAGCAACAUCCUCCAGAUUAUCAGAUCCUGUAAUCGCAGUCUGGAAGCAGAGGAUCCCGAUGAGGCGUCCACCAGUCCCUCCUCCACUGGCCCGUCCCCUGCAUCAAGGAGCAACUCUUUCAGGGACCGUUGCCACAAUCAAUUCAUGGUCGGGGACUUGUCGGACUCAGAUGGAGACUUGUCGUCUGAGUCGGUGGUGAAGGAGGUGGAGUUUCAGGGGACAGAGGAGACGCACCGAGCUUUCAGCCACGGCACUGAGCUCAUUCCCUGGUACGUCUUGUCACUACAACCAGACGUCCACCAGUUUCUGCUGCAGGGGGCCACAGUCAUCCACUACGACCAGGACAGCCACCUCACUGCACGCUGUCUGCUGCGACUGCAGCCUGACAACACAACACUCUCCUGGGGUAAACCUCAGAGCGGAGGAGCCUCCCCUCCGGAGCAGCCUCUGGGGUUAGGACAGACAGUCGUGGCAGGACUGGCUGAAGGCCUGCUGGACCUGGGAGUGGUGAAGGCGGUGUUUCUGGGUCACCCGGGAGUGGACGUCCACGCCGUGUGUCUGCAGAACAAGCUGAGUCAGAUGACGGUGGAGGAGAACGGUCUCAGCCUCCUCUACGGCCUCAGCACCACUGACAACAGGCUGCUGCACUUUGUGGCCCCCAAUCACACGGCUCGAGUGCUGCACAGGGGCCUGUCAGAGCUGGUGAACGCAACCAGGAAGUUGAAGAAGUUUCCCGACCAGCGGUUGCAGUGGCUGCGGAGGCAGUACGUCAGUCUGUAUCAGGAGGAGGGAAGGUACGAAGGCCCCACACUGGCCCAGGCCAUCGAGCUGUUUGGUGGGCGCAGGUGGAACAUGAGCACAGGUGGAGCGGAGAAAGCUGGUGCCCAGAAGAACAGCCCUCUGAGCAUGAACGAGAAGGCCAAGAAGAAGAAGAAGGUCCUUGUCAGGGGAGACAGUGGGGACGCAACAGAUGACGAGAUGGUUUCCAGGAAAACGCGGAGCUGCAAGGAGGGACUGUACCGGAAUGGACCGGAGUCUGACAGCAUCGACCAAGAAGAUCCAGACGACAACUUCCCUGGACCCUUCUCCCUCUCAUCCAAUAAGAGCCCAGGAUUGCUUGCCUCUUCCUCGUCCUCCUCUUCCUCCUCCAGUAUGGCAGGGUCCAACAUGUCCCGUCCACAAUCCUCUCCAAUCCUUUCAGGAACCGGCAAGUCGCAGCCAGGGACGUGGAGCAGCAGAUCGUGGCACGGUCGAGGAAAAGGCUGUUUCAGAGGCUUCCAGAACCUCAUGAUUUCUGACAGCACGAUGAGCUUCAUCGAGUUUGUGGAGCUCUUCAAAUCAUUCAGCAUCCGCAGCAGGAAGGACCUGAAGGAGCUGUUUGACACCUUCGCUGUCCCCUGCAGUCGAUCGAGUCCAGAGUCGGCUCCUCUCUACACCAACCUCAGGAUAGACGACAGAGACACGGGGCUGCAGCCGGACCUCGACUUACUGACCCGCAACGGCUCCGAUCUCGGCCUGUUCAUCCGGACGAGGCAGCAGAUGUCGGACAACCAGAAGCAGAUCUCGGACGCCAUCGCGGCAGCCAGCAUCGUGACCAACGGGACGGGCGUGGAGAACGCAUCACUGGGUGUCUUGGGAUUGGCUAUCCCCCAGCUCAAUGACUUUUUAGUCAACUGUCAGAGAGAUCACCUGAGCUACGACGAGAUCCUCAGCAUUAUACAGAAAUUCGAGCCCUCGUCAAGCAUGAAGCAAAUGGGCUGGAUGUCAUUUGAAGGUUUUGCAAGAUACCUGAUGGACAAGGAGAACUUUGCUUCUCGUAAUGAGGAAUCACAAAUCAACCAGGAGGAGCUGCACUAUCCUCUGUCCUACUACUACAUCGAGUCCUCUCACAACACGUAUCUGACCGGACACCAGCUCAAGGGAGAGUCCUCUGUUGAGCUGUACAGUCAGGUGCUGCUUCAAGGCUGCAGGAGCGUUGAGUUGGACUGCUGGGAUGGAGAUGACGGCAUGCCAGUUAUUUACCACGGACACACACUCACCACUAAAAUACCCUUCAAGGAUGUGGUGGAAGCCAUCAAUCGGACUGCGUUUGUCAAUUCGAACAUGCCCGUCGUCCUGUCCAUCGAGAACCACUGCUCGCUCCCUCAGCAACGCAAGAUGGCGGAGAUCUUCAAGACGGUGUUCGGGGAACGUCUUGUGACGCGCUUCCUCUUCGAGAGCGACUUCAGCGACGACCCUCAUCUGCCGUCGCCGCUGCAGCUGCGGGGGAGGAUCCUCCUGAAGAACAAGAAGCUGAAGGCCCACCAGGCGCCGGUGGACAUACUCAAACAGAAGGCUCACCAGCUCGCCCACAUGCAGGCUCAGGCCAGCAACGGGUCGCCGGGGGUCACGUCACCUGGCAACCACGCCAACGAGGAGGAGGAAGAGGAAGAAGACGAGUACGACUAUGACUAUGAGUCUCUAUCAGAUGCUGAUGUCCUCACAGCCUCUACUGCCUCAUAUGGCCUGGAAGAUAACAUCCUGGAUGACAAGCCAGAGGGGAAGAGCCCGGCAGACAAAGAGGAGCAACCUGUUGAUGAAAUCCCAAAGAGGAUGAAGAAGACUGACAGCACCACGCAGAGCAAAGGAAAGGUGUUUGACAUGGAGCUGGGCGAGGAGUUCUACCUUCCUCAGAACAAGAAGGAGAGUCGACAGAUCGCCCAGGAGCUGUCCGACCUCGUCAUCUACUGCCAGGCUGUGAAAUUCCCUGGCCUGUCCACGCUGUCUCCGGCCGGCUCCGGCAGAGGGAAGGACCGGGGGAAGAGCAGGAAGUCCAUAUUUGGCACCGCUCCGGCUCGCAGCGGCACAACAGGGGAGGUUGCGACCCAGAGCCGCACCCCUGGUAAAGGUGGCGCUGAGCGGCUCAGCUGGGAGGAGCAGCAGACGUCCCCCACCCUCAACCCCCCCACCUCUCUCAGUGCCAUCAUCCGCACGCCCAAGUGCUACCACGUCUCCUCCGUCAACGAGAACGCAGCCAAGCGCCUCUGCCGGCGCUACUCUCAGAAGCUGAUCCAGCACACGGCGUGCCAGCUGCUCAGGACGUAUCCCGCAGCCACCAGGAUCGACUCCACGAACCCGAACCCUCUGCUCUUCUGGUUGCACGGUAUUCAGCUGGUGGCGCUCAACUAUCAGACCGAUGACUUGCCCAUGCAGUUGAACACAGCGUUGUUUGAGGCCAACGGCGGCUGUGGCUACGUCCUGAAGCCGGCGGUGCUGUGGGACCGCAGCUGUUUGCUUUAUCAGCAGUUCUGUCCGAUGGAUAGAGACGUGGAGAAGAUGAGCCCGGCUGUCUAUUCCCUCACCAUUGUCUCUGGUCAGAACGUGUGUCCCGGUAACAGCGCUGGCAGCCCCUGCAUCGAGGUGGACGUGCUGGGCAUGCCCGUCGACAGCUGCCACUUCCGCACCAAACCCAUCCACCGCAACACGCUCAACCCCAUGUGGAGCGAGCACUUCCAGUUCACCGUGCACUUUGAGGACAUGUGCUUUCUGCGCGUCGCCGUGGUGGAGAACAACAGCUCCCAGACGACCGCUCAGAGGACUCUGCCUCUGAAAGCCCUGAAACCAGGUUAUAGACACGUCCAGUUGAGGACACAGCACAAUGAGCAACUAGAGGUUUCCAGCUUAUUCAUCUACAGCCGCAGGAUAGAGGAGGGUCCAACAGGGGGCGCCACUCCCUCAUCCUUGCUGUUCAGCUCGGAGGAGAAACAUGCGUCCCAGCAGCACUGGGUGACGGUGCACGGAGCUCCUGGUCCUGAACCCUUCACCGUGUUCUGUGUUACCGAGCAGACCACCGCCAAGCAGCUGCUGGACACGGUUGUAGCAUCAGCGGGGAAUCCUUCCGAUUACUUCCUUUGCGAGGAACGGGUCCCUCUGUUGAAGGAGCGCAGCGAGGUGAAGCGCUAUGCUCAGCAGCGACCUCUGGCUCCGGAGGAGGAGGUGGUCAGACUGGUCUCCAGCUGGAGCACAGAGGACGGAUACGUGGGGAGGAUCUACCUCAAAAUGAGAGAGGAGAACUUGAAUGAGCAGAACGCGGUGCUGGACGGAGAGGAGGAGGUGACUGUGGGAAGCAGAGAUGGAUCAGGAGGAGGAGAGGAAGACAUGUUCUUUGUUCAGGUUCAUGAAGUUUCUCCAGAACAACCCCACACUGUGAUCAAGGCCCCGCGCUACAGCACCGCUCAGGACAUCAUUCAGCAGACUCUGUCGAAGGCCAAGUAUUCCUACAGCAUCCUCUCAAACCCCAAUCCAUGCGACUACGUCCUGAUGGAGGAGGUGACGAAGGACGUGAGCUCUAAGAAGUCCUCCGCCUCCAAGCCGCUGCAGCGGGUGCUGCUGGAUCACGAGUGCGUCUUCCAGGCGCAGAGUCGCUGGCGCGGAGCCGGAAGGUUCAUUCUUAAAUUCAAAGAGCAGGUGUCACGGGAGGACAAGAAGAAAGUCAUGUCCUUUGCCAGCGAGCUCAAGAAGCUGACCAGCCGCAGUCGCAGCAUGACGACUGGCGGCGGAGUGGACGGUCCCGCCCAGAGUAAGGAUGAUAGAGCUGCAUGCUGUGUGGCUCUGACUGAGCUCCAGGAGUGAGGCUCACACUCUGCCUGCUGUCUGUGCAUGGGAAGGCAACAGAGGGUAUCUGUCUGCAGCUGCAGGUCUGAAGGCGUGGGUGGCAGAGGGCAGGGUGGGGGCCGGAAGGUUCCUGCAGGCCUCUUCCUCGUUCAGGGGGCAAUUCCCACCUAUUCAUCUGCCCACCUCGUCCCUGACCCCCCUCGCCUGGAAGCUUCACCUCCUCAGCAACUGGAAGAUCCACAAAUGAAUUCCAGAGCGAGCGAGCCACUUCUAAACUUGGAGAUUUCCCCCUUCGCAGGAGAGGCAGGGUGUUUCAGUGAGUCCGCUGCCCUCUGCGUCCUGAAGGAGUCGGAUCCUGCCUCGUGGAGACUCAAUCCGAGCCCCGGUGACGGGUUAGGCGGCGGCGGCUGUGCAGACACUUUGCUUGGUUGAAUGAUGGAAAGGAGUUUGUGAUUGGAAAUCCCACCGGGCGUCGCUUCAGAGCGGUGGCGGUCGUGUGGGGCAGCUCCGGCUCAUCUUGGUUUAUUGCUUUGUCGUGCGGCUGCAUGUUGGAGUCCAGGAGCUGGAACGCCGUUUGUGCAAAUAGCUUCUCAGAGAUUUUUUUUGUUUGGACGACAAUAAAAUGCAUGUUAUGGGUUAUUACAACAAAACUUGGCGGGUUUACCUUUCCUGGUUGUGGCCGUUGAGGGACCCUGAAUCGAGGCACCCUGAAUCGAGGCACUCAUACGUAUUCAUGAGGAUGUUUGCAUCAACAACAGCCUCAGGAAAUAAGGGUUGGUAGAAGCCAUUAAAUAAAAUCUAACUUUUGUGCCGGGUGCAGACAUAUAAAAUCCCGGUGCAGGUAUUUAUGUGUGAAAACACCAAAGUGAAGCUUCUUAAGGUAAAGAAAUCUAUAUCUUAUAUUGUCGUCCACACACGAAGUCUCUGAGACUUAAUUUGUGCAAAUGGAUUUCUACAAACCAGAGCACCAGCUGCUUUUAUUGAAGCUGAUUCUGUGGAGCUUUUCCUUCUCUCACAAACGAAUGGGAGGAAUCUGACUUCCCUGAGUUUGCUUUCAGAAGAGCCCUUUAUUUCCCGCACAGGACACGAAGUCCAGCUGCAAACAAACCUCUGGAUAGAAUGAGUUCAGUGUUGAAAGAGUUGAUUCAGGGAACAUUCGAUUGAAUGGUCUGUUUGUGGCUGCAGUUUGUAACCGGAGGAAUAAAACCUCGUUUUUAUUUUCCUGGCUUCCCUAAAAGAAAGCUCACGGCAGACGGAGGGAGAUCUGCUGAGAGAGAGAGAAAGGAAGGAGAGGUGUAGGAGAAGGCGAUUUUCUUUAGUGAAGGAGUCCGACAAGCUGGCUUGUACGAUUCUUUUCUUACUGUUCCAGUUUCACAGUACUGUACGGGCACAAGGACGGGGCAGUGCAAACUCACAUCGCUCACAGGAGGACGCAACACAGAUGUUCUUAUGUUGUCGUUUAUUCAGCUCUAGGUUGAUUUCUUAGACGCAAACCGUCGCAGCAUUUUGAGGCAGUGUGGAUUUGCACUUUUCACUUGUGCAGAGGAAACUUUUCAUCACAGUUGUUGGUGAAGUUUUUCUCCUACGUUGCCGUAAAAUGUCACAACGCUGCCUUGAACCUUCGCUCAUUUUACGGCUGUUUCUCUGACAAAGAUCUUGGAAUUUUAGUGCAACCAUCACUGUCCACGUUAUUUCAACACACAGCUUAUCGUCUUAGCAACCAAACUGAGUCAUUGAAAAUGAAGAAAUGCUACGUGUAACCAGGGCAGUGAAGCAUUUUGAAUGUUGCACUGAUACAGUAUCUAGGUGUUGGUACCUUUACUAUAACUUUUAGAUGAAAAAAGAAAAUUCACAGUCUAAAUACACAAUAUAUGAUCAUAGUUAGAAAUCAGAUUAAUUGUCUAAGUCGGAGGUUCAAUACUUUCAAGGACUUUGAGGAAAAACAUCUCAAACUUAAAUUAAUUCAUUUGAAGGAAACAAUGAUGAUUUUAGAGAAACACAGCCUCGUCUUCUGCAAACAGCAUUUUGCACAUUUUGUUUUCCUCUUGCUGUUUUCUUCACCGUUACUUUCAGAUUAUGAUUUUUUUUUUUUGAUCGUUGUAUUUAUUAAUUUUGGGCCAGUUGUGAAAUUCAUUUUGAAGCAGAAGAUAAAUAUUUGGGCAGUUUUUAUUAUAAAUCUUUAUCAGAAUAAUUCGUCUGAGCCCAAACUUCCCCUUUAACACAAUGAUUUGCUUUAAAUAAACUCUAUUGGCCCAGAUUUCCUGUUGUUGAUUUAGCUUGCAGCAUCUUUAUAGAUCACUAAUAUUGAUUGAUUUGUCAUUGAUGAUGAUUGUAGAGUUUAUUUUUACUCACUGCUCAUUUCACUUUUCCUUUAAACUGUUGUAAAACUUGAUUUUUUUUUGUGGCCACUCUUUCCCAUUUUUUCUGUUUUGACUUGUAACAUGUCCAUGUUUUGAAUUCUUUGUUUUUCUAAAGACUUUUUCCCUUUUUUUCUUGCAUCUUAGUUCAGAUCUAUCGACUAAUUCUAACACUUUACAUUAAAAGUCAAAUGUGGACGGGAAGAGAAGACCUGAAACUUUACUUUACUACACUCACCAACAUUUUAGAGACAAAACAAAACAUGUUUCACAUUAACUCUGAAAACAUGUUUGAGUUGUUUAACUCAAAAACUAGCUGUAAGCAAUUUCAGCCUUUUUUCUCACCCAUUCCAACAACUGACAGAAAUGUUUCAUUCAUAUAAAACCUACUAAAUCCUGCAGGUAGUAAACAACUCAGCUAUUUAAAAUACAGGAAACUCAGAGUAAUUUAAUUUGAAAUGUUGGAUUUUUAUUUUAUUGGCAGAAAUGUGGCCACAGUCCAUGAGGAAGAAAUGAAUUGUGCUUUCUAGUUUUAUUUGUCUUUGCUCAGUGCCAAGUAAUGUUUGAAUUUUAGUGCAAUAGUGAAGUUCUGUCACUUCAACUCGUUAGGUUUUAUUGUCUUUGCAUUACUGAUGUGUUUUUAACUCAAAUUCUUUAUUCCUGCUCCCAACUUGUUCUUUGAAUGAGUAAAAUCUGAUAAAACUUACGCACAAAGAUUUUCUCCUGUUCGUCACGAGGCAGCAGGACGAUCCCUGGACGUGACUGUAAUUAAGUGAGAUUAGAUUCUGCAGUCGUCAGAAACGUCAUUAAACACAACAAGAUUAUUGUGUUUUAAAAAACUGGUGAUCAAACAGGAAGGGACGUUUUCUGUAACAUCUCUGAUCCAUCUGCUUCGUCCCAUUGUCACUUUUUGUUUUCCUCCUUUCUAACCUGUAGACCUCAUUUCUGAAUGUAACAUGUUCUUAACGUGUUGAACCUGAGACACGUGUGUGUUUGGAUGUUAUUUAUUUGAAUGUGAAGCCCUGGUUGGCAUUUAUCUGUUGUUGUUGUUUGUGUAUAAUUUCCUGUAUUUCCUGUUUUUUUAAUUUAUUUCAGUAUGAGAGCAGAUAAACUCUCCACUGCCCUAAUUCUACUCAAACAUAUUUAGAAAUGUAAAGAAAUGUUUUACUUUAUGUGUAAAAUAUUCAGUGCAGUAUUCGUAUGUCUGGCAUGUUAUACUGCAGUACACAGCAGCAUCCCUUUACGCCUUUUAUUUUGUGACAGGUCAUUUAUUGAUGAUUUCGGUGUAUUCUGUAUUUCCACUGAAUAUGACAUGUGUUUGCCGACUGUGGGCAUCGUUAGCACUCUGUUGUUUCCAGGAGAUGUGCACUGUACCCUCUAAUAUCCACUAUCCAUGCUGUGAUGGGGCUGUCAAGUGAACAUUUGUCUAUUUACUUGAAUUUUUAAAUGGAUUAUAGUUGGUGGAUUUGUUAUGUACCAGGAUCAUAAUAAAAACCCAA